UGUUACAAUUGCUUAAGUUUAAACCACCUACCAUCGCGACUGCGGCGACCGGAAGCCGUAGCCGACCUGCUUCCGGCCGUAGCCGUGGCCGCCGCCGUAGCGGUUCGCCGGGCUGCCGAAGGACCGGUAGCCGCCGCCGACCGGCGAGAAGUUCGAGCGCGGCGAGAAGGGCGGCGACCGCGGCGACGGCGUCGGCGCGCCGCCGUCGAGCUCGUACACCGCGCCGCGCGGCACGACGAGCCCGUCGUAGUGCACGCCGCCGCAGUAGAGCACGUCGACGCGGCCGCGCGGCGGCCGCGCCGGCGCGUCGAAGCGCGAGAUGCGCUUGAAGGGGUGCCGCGCGCCCGCCGGCGACCGCUCGUAGACGUGGACGUCGACGCGGAAUUUCCGCGCGCACGCCGCCAUCUCGAUGCCGCCGCCCCAGCCGCCGAUGCGCAUGCGGCCGACGUAGGCCGGCACGGCCUGGUUCGCGUCCCAGAGGACCCAGUCGCGCACGGGCGUGUCCGCGAUCUUCAGGUCCUCGUGCCGCGCGAGCCAGUCCAUCAAUGCUUGCCGCAGCCGCCGGUGGUCGUAGUCCGCGACGCGCGCAUCCCGCAGCCCGUGCGCCAGGCUGUGGAAGAGGCACGAGCCGUCGCCCGGCUGGCGCACGACGCGCGCCUGCCGCAGCACGGCGCGCCCGCCGUCGGAGCCCAGCCCCUCGUGCGGCGCGCGGUUCCGCGCGUCCGGGUGGUCAUCCCUAUCACCCUUGAAGAAGGGGCAGUCCUCCGUCGCGUGCGGGCCGUCGCACUUGUCGCACUUGAGCUCCUUGGUGGACGCGGGCGUUUUGGGUUUUGGUCUUUCCGUAAACGUGACGCGCGGCGACGCGAGCGGCCGCGACCCGGCGGGCGACCGCGAUUGUGCCUCGACCCGCUUGGCCAUGGCGCUCUCGACGCGGUCCGCGAACGUCUCGGGGCACGACGCCUUCUUGACAGAAUCCGCGACCCAGGCGGCGUCGUAGUGGUCCACGCCCGCGACGCCCGCCGCGCGCGCGCGUGCGAUCGCCGCCUCCAUGCGGCGCGCCGCCUUGUCGCGCGCGAGCGCCGCGGCGUCGAUGGGCGUCGCGCCGCGCGCGAGCGCCGCGGAGUCGAGGGGCGGCGGCAACGAGAUGUCCGGCCGCCCUGUUGCGAGGCCGAGGCGCCUGGCGUAAAUGUCGUCCGGCGCCCUUUCGUUCUCGUCGCGCGCGCGCUUGCUGGCCGUCGGCGGCGUCGCCUCGGCCGCGGCGGGGCGCUUCGGCGGCGUCGCCCGCGGCUCCGCGACGCUCGUGCGCGAGAAAUCCGGCGGCGGCGGCGGCCCGUAGACGACGGGGCUCGUGGGCGCCGCCGACGCGACGCGCGCCUCGGCCUUGAGCUUGGGCGGGCCGCCGCGCAUGGUCUUGGCGAAGAGCGCGGCCUGUCUAGGGAUCAUCUUCGAGAACGAGAACGACUUCUUGGGCUUGGCGGUGCUGUUCAGGCCCGCGCUCUUGAGGCCGAACGCGUCCGCCUUGGGGCGCGUGCCCGCGGCGAGGCUGAACUUCAUCUCCUCGGUUUUCGUUUCCUUGGUUUUCGUGCUUCUGCAGCGGCGCGGCGGCGAGAGCGUUCCGCGAGCGUCCGCAGUGGCAACACUACAGGUCUGCACCUUCAGGCGGUCUCAAAGCGCUUGGCGAGCGGCGCUGGCGCUUUGUGGCAAGACUUGCGCUGCGGAAUCAAUUUCAAAGCCGCCGUGUGUUGUAUCGAUGCGGCGCGACGCUUGUUUUGCCUGGUCAUGCACUCAAAACAAAAC